AUGGCCAGCCAUCUGUCCACCUUUGGCAAAAUCCUGCUGCGUCGCAGGAAACUAGACUUGUCAAGUGUAGAGACCCAGUUCGCCCGCUGCUUGUCCACCCUGGACCUCAUUGCCUUGGGAGUGGGCUCCACGCUGGGUGCCGGUGUCUACGUCCUCGCCGGUGAGGUUGCGCGAGAGAAGGCGGGACCCGCCAUUGUGCUCUGCUUCCUCAUCGCCGCUCUGUCCUCCAUGCUGGCCGGCCUGUGCUACGCCGAAUUUGGCGCCCGUGUCCCUAAGACGGGCUCUGCAUACCUGUACAGCUACGUGACAGUCGGAGAAAUCUGGGCCUUCAUAACAGGAUGGAAUCUCAUCUUGUCUUAUGUCAUAGGUACAGCCAGUGUAGCCCGGGCUUGGAGUUCAACCUUUGACAACCUGGUGGAACAAAAGAUCUCGGGCUUCUUUAAAGCCUCCAUGGCAAUGAAGGUGCCAGGCGAGGUGCUGGCAGAGUACCCGGACCUGUUUGCCCUCAUCCUGGUGCUGCUGCUCACUGGACUUCUGGCCUUUGGCGUGAGUGAGUCGGCUCUCGUGAACAAAAUCUUCACUGGGAUCAAUCUGGUGGUUUUGGGGUUCGUUAUUAUCUCUGGCUUCGUUAAAGGGGACACUAAUAACUGGCAUCUGACAGAGAACGACUACAGGGAAUUCAUAAACGGCACCAAUGGCAGCAGGGCGCUGAAGUUGGAGGAAGAAUACGGCACUGGUGGGUUUGCCCCAUUUGGACUUAAUGGAGUUUUGUCCGGUGCAGCCACGUGCUUCUAUGCCUUUGUGGGCUUUGACUGCAUUGCCACAACAAGCGAAGAGGCAAAGAACCCCAUGCGCUCCAUACCUAUUGGCAUCGUGGCCUCACUGCUCAUCUGCUUUUUCGCCUACUUCGGCGUGUCUGCCGCUCUCACCAUGAUGAUGCCGUACUACGAGCUGAACACUCAGAGUCCUCUGCCCGAGGCCUUCAGCUUUGUCGGCUGGGGUCCUGCUCGAUACAUCGUGGCUGUCGGUUCUCUCUGUGCUCUGUCCACCAGCCUCUUGGGCUCCAUGUUCCCUAUGCCCCGUGUUAUUUACGCCAUGGCAGAGGAUGGGCUGCUGUUCCGAUUUCUGUCUAAGAUGAGCGCUCGCACAAAGACCCCUGUCCUGGCUACCAUUGUUUCUGGUAUUAUUGCGGCUCUGAUGGCCUUUCUGUUCGACCUGGCAGCUCUGGUGGACCUCAUGUCCAUUGGAACCCUUUUGGCAUACUCUUUAGUGGCCAUCUGCGUCCUCAUUCUCAGGUAUCAGCCAGGUACCCUAAAUUCACCCAGCCAGCUGGAGAAGCUUAUGGAGGAAUCGGAGAAGAUGCCUGUGAGCGGAGGGGAGAGUGGUGAUGAAUAUGACAUGGAGAUGGAUCAGAGGCCACUAAAAGAGACAUUCAGCUUCAAGCUGCUCUUCUGCCCAAGUGGAAAGAUCCCCACAGUCCUGUCUGGGAAAAUUGUCUACGCUACAACUGCUGUCAUCUCGGUUUUGAUGACUGUCCUGUGCGUCAUCCUGGCCAACUGUUUGCCGGAGCUGCUCGCUGGAUAUUCGGGUGUGGUGGUGCCGUGCGUGAUUUUAGCGGUGCUCUGUGCCGUCUGCGUGAUCAUCAUCUGGAGGCAGCCGGAGAGCAAAGAGGCUCUCACCUUCAAGGUUCCUCUUCUUCCCUGGUUGCCCCUGUUCAGUGUUUUCGUCAACAUCUACCUCAUGAUGCAGCUGGACUUGGGUACAUGGUGCCGCUUCACCGUCUGGAUGGCUUUGGGUUUUGCCAUUUACUUCUUCUAUGGUAUUAAAAACAGCAACGAAAGCGGCAACAAGCCACCCCCACGCAAAUACGAGCUCCCCGUGGAGAACAAUACCCCGAUUUACAAGGGUGCCCCCAACAGUGACGUGGAAGCAGGCAGCAGCCCUUGAUGCAGACUGGCACAGACCUGGGGGAGCGUUGCAGAGUUUCCACACUCAUGUUUGGCCACGUGGUUAUAGCCAAAUGCUGCAGUGUAGGCGGCUUGGAACACUGCCCUGGGUUUGAAGGGAGGAGAGGCAAGAAAAUGCGACACACAUCUUACCUCUGAUUUUUAGAGGCUGAUUUAACUUGAUGGUUAGACACACUGACGGAGCCACUUCUCACUAUGUGUCCGUUCUAACCUGUUUCUCCUUAGCCUUAGCCCUCUGGAGACAUUUCGCUGCCUAUGAGAAAAUGCUUUGAAUGGACCCAACUAACACCUAUGAAGUCAUGUUUUCAGUUAUCAGAAGCCGUAAACUGGAAGAAUGUUACACUUCUCAUGUUUGCUUCCUUUUCCGUUACUCCCACCCCCCCAUCCGGCCACAAAGAACCACAGUGUAGAUCACUAUGAAUUAUGACUUAAGCCAGUCAGUUUACAACUGUCAGCUACACUUCAAGUUUUCUUUUCUUUUCUUUUCUUUUCAUUUCUUUUCUUUUCUUCUCUUUUCUUUUUUUUUUAAUAAGCAGAAGGUGCAGACGCACUGUCCGUUAACCACCACAAUCUUUCUGUAGAGUUCACCUUCCCUGCUUGUUUGCAUCGGCCUGUUUUCUAUGCCACACAAGGGGCACUGACGCUGUCAGGGCCUCGGUGCAUUUAGGUCAGCAGCACGCGACGGAUGCCAUCUUACUCACUGUGCAGUUCAGUGUUGGAGUUGAAGUACAUGCUUUACAGAUUUUAAGGAGUUCAUAAAGACACUACAGCCCUUGUUGGCCCCAACCCCAACUCCCAGAGACCCACCUUACAGCAUGUGUACACGAAAUCAUUGUGGAAUCGGUUAAAUGCGCCCGUUUUGUUAUUUUAGAAAAUUAGAUUUUUUUGGUUUGCAUGUAGACUGCAUUCCUACACAUUUUGAGGCCUUUGAUUUUAACCUGGUAAAUUCAGGUUGUAAGCAAAGAGAAAGUAAAGUCAAGGUAACAAAGGAAAGCAGGAGUUGUGAGAUUUUUGUUUUGUUUUUUCUCCUGUUUUCUGGUAUUUAGAGGAGGAUACCCCAUCAUCCAUGUGUUUGGUUACAAAUGUCUAUUUUCCCACCCAAAAGCUUUUUCCAAUGUCAUGGAAAGCUCUCUAUGAAUUUUAAAUGAUCCGCGUAGACUUCCUGACAGAACUGCACCUGUGUGCCUCUUACCCUCGUCGCCCGAUCCUGUGAUGGAUACUGAGAGUAUUUUGGUGUCUGGGAGCUGGGGUUGUUUUCUGAUAAAGGACCCAUAUUUAAUCACUACUAAAACACAUUUUUAUUUUUAUUUUUAUUUUUUAAUCUUAUCACCUUUCUUUUGCUUUCUACUUCCUUGUGAAAACGAAGUCUUCUUGUUUCCUUUUUUUCACAAAGGUUCUUGUUUAGUUUCAAUUGAAACUUGUUCUUGGCAGCUUUGUCUGUUGAGUACCCAUCACAUUUAUCAUUUUAAACUUUAAUUUUACUGCAUUUUUUUUCUUCCUUGGUAUAAAAUGUUAAUAUUUAAAUGUUUAUAGUAUUGUUUGCUUUCUCUUUUUUUUUCUUUUCAUAUAAACUUUAAUCAGUCAGUCUGCUUUUUAGAUGUUAAUGUAUUUUAAUUGUUACAUGUACAGUUUAGAGUGCCGAUCCCUGGGGCCUGUUUUGUUUUAUUUUGUUUGGUUGGGGGGUUUUUUGUUUUUGUUUGACGACAUUUUCAACAAAGACAAUCGUCACAUGAUUUUAAUUGUACUUCCUGACCAAAUGAUCUAGUUUUUGGGACCCGUGCGUUUUCCAGAAACAAGGAGUGACCCCUUAAAGCUGGUCUAUAAAUUAUGUUUCAAACCUAUUUUUGCCCAUGUCAAUAGUCAGUAACUUAUUGUUAAAAGUAUUUGUUUUUUGGGGGGGGGGUCCUAGUAAAGUGCUUUACUGUAGAGUGUACAGUAUUUGUUUAAAACUGUAUCUUUAUUUGUAUAAUGCUGUAAAUUAUAUGAAUUGUUUCUCUAAAAUAUGACCAAUUAUAAUUUGAUACGGUGAGGGUUUGUAAAUGACACUUGAAGGCAUUUCACGAACACUUGAUGCUGCUGGAAGCCACAUGGAGGGAAAAAAAUCCCCUUUUUUCUUCAGAUAAAAUGGUCCCAAAGAACGCUUUCCCAUAAGACAUGACGGAACUUGAAAAUUAGUGGAGAGGGGAGUAGAUUUGGAUCUUUAGAUGUUACUGAAGUAUAAACUGGUGCCUGGAAAAAUAAAAACCCAUCUGUCUGCCUGUGGAAGGCGCUGCGGCUGCUAAGAGACUCAGUACUUUCAGUGUAAACCCCGCUCUACAUUUUAAUGCUGCUUGCUGGAAAUUCAUUAUCUGAAGGUUUUGUGACGUGGCUGUGCCUCGUGUCACUCUGAGUUCUUUACAGCCAGCUCCUGUGCCUUUCACAAAAGGAAAAACAAUCAUCUCCUCUCUCUCUGCUGGCUCAUUACCAGCAGCAAAAUAUUUCUUUUAUAUCCUGUACAUAUCGCUGCCAUGUAUAAAUUUAGCUGUAUUCUCAGUGUUUGUUUGUUUUCUUUUCUUUCUUUUUUUUAAAUAAAAGUGAUUGAUGAUUACACCUGA